UAGUUAAGAGAACACUUGUCACUGAAUGGUACAAUAAUAUAUUAUAUUUUAGUCAUUGUUGUAACAAAAAACGUAAUAUUAACAUUGAAAAUAGCAUUUGUGUUUUAAAACAAAAAGGUAGUAUUGUUGUUGUAUUGUUGAACGUCAAAUUUUUUUUAUUUAUGGAAAUUAUUCAAUAUGAGCCAAAGAGGACAAAAACCACUUGUACCAGUGCCAGCUGCACCGCAUGAUCGUAUUACUGCAUUUGUUGACGAUGGGGUCGAUUCGGAGGCAUUCAGUCCUGGACAUCAAAAUACUGAAGAACCUUUAUCAAAUGAAAUAUCAGCACCGUAUGAAGUACCUCAAUUUCCAAUAGAACAAAUUGAAGGAAAAAUUAAAAUACAAAGAAAAUUAAAUACUCUGAGUAAACAACACGAGACUGGAAGUCAGUCCAAACCAAUUUCAGUUGUGGGUUCAGAUGCCGACCUUCGUGAGGAACUCAGUACAAUUGAAGAACAUGAAUUUGUUCCACAUUUCCAACGUGUUAGUGUAUCCGGGGAAGAUACCAGUGGGGUACCAUUGGAAGACUUAGAAGUCGCUUCAUUAAUGCUUGUGAAAGCAUUAACAAUAAGAGAACAAUACAUGGCCAUCUCUAAGCAAAAUUUUCCAUCAACAACAGCGCGAUUUUUACGAGCUGCAGACAUCAAGUCAACCUCAUUAUCAUUAGAAGAUGUUAUUCAUGAUGACAAAAUGACAAUUGCAGAUCAUCCUGUACAUCCACCAGCUUCACAAGGGGACCCAUGGGAAUGUAAAAUACCACCAUCUAAAAACUAUACAAUUAAAUCGGUUGAUGGUGUUUUUAAUUUAUAUUCGACAGCCGAUGAUGCUAAUAAUAAUCAAAAUACAAUAUAUAGAUAUCCAAAUUUAGGAACAUUUGUAUCUGAUAUGAUUGCCUUAUGCAAUAUGAUAGCUGAUGGACCAUUAAAAUCUUUUUGUUAUCGACGAUUAUCAUAUUUAUCAUCAAAAUUUCAACUGCAUGUAUUAUUAAAUGAAUUACGUGAAUUAGCAUCCCAGAAAGCUGUACCGCAUCGUGAUUUCUAUAAUAUACGUAAAGUAGAUACACAUAUUCAUGCAGCCUCAUGUAUGAAUCAAAAACAUUUAUUACGUUUUAUUAAGAAAACAUUAAAAAAUAAUGCUGACGAAGUGGUUGUAAAUACGCAUGGUACUUACAUGUCAAUGAAAGAAGUUUUUCAAUCAAUGAAUUUAACAACGUAUGACCUUACUGUGGAUAUGUUAGAUGUGCAUGCUGAUCGAAACACAUUUCAUCGUUUUGAUAAAUUCAAUGCAAAAUAUAAUCCAAUUGGUGAGAGUCGUUUACGUGAAGUGUUUUUAAAAACUGACAAUUAUAUUAAUGGUAAAUACUUUGCAAGAAUUAUUAAGGAAGUAGCAUCUGAUUUAGAGGAAAGUAAAUAUCAAAAUGCUGAAUUAAGAUUAUCAAUAUAUGGAAAAAAUUAUGAUGAAUGGGAUAAAUUAGCUAAAUGGGCAAUAGAAAAUAAUGUACAUUCUGAUAAUGUACGAUGGCUAAUACAAAUGCCACGUGUGUAUGAUAUUUUCAAAUUAAAUAAGUUAUUAGAAAACUUUCAACAAAUAUUAAGUAAUAUUUUCCUACCAUUAUUUGAAGUUACCAAUGAUCCAAGUUCUCAUCCUGAAUUACAUAAAUUUUUACGAUAUGUAAUUGGUUUUGAUUCAGUAGAUGAUGAAAGUAAACCAGAGAAUCCAUUAUUUGAUAAAGAUGUACCAACACCAGAUAAAUGGUCCGAUGAUGAGAAUCCACCAUAUGCAUACUAUUUAUAUUAUAUGUAUGCAAAUUUAACCGUUUUAAAUCAAUUUCGUAGUGAACAAAAGUUAAAUACAUUUGUAUUACGACCACAUUGUGGUGAAGCCGGUCCUGUACAACAUUUAGUGUGUGGUUUUAUGAUGUCUGAGAAUAUAUCCCAUGGUCUGUUAUUACGAAAAGUGCCUGUAUUACAAUAUUUAUAUUAUUUGGCACAAAUUGGUAUUGCAAUGUCUCCACUUAGUAAUAACUCAUUAUUUUUAAAUUACCAUCGUAAUCCGUUACCUGAAUAUUUAGCAAGAGGCUUAUGUGUUAGUUUAUCCACGGAUGAUCCAUUACAAUUUCAUUUUACAAAGGAACCUUUAAUGGAAGAGUAUAGUAUUGCAGCUCAAGUAUGGAAAUUAAGUUCAUGUGACAUGUGUGAAUUAGCAAGAAAUAGUGUAUUGAUGAGUGGUUUUCCACAUAGGAUGAAACAAUAUUGGCUUGGACCAAAUUAUACAAAAGAGGGUGUUGCUGGUAAUGAUAUUACACGCACAAAUGUACCAGAUAUUCGUGUAGCUUUCAGAUAUGAAACUUUGCUUGAUGAGCUUACAAAUAUUUUCAAAGUUUUUCAGAAAAAAACAGUGUAAUCUAUUUCAAUUUUUUUAUUAUACUCUACUACUAUGCCAAGCUAAACAUUUACUUGUUCAAACUUGUAAAAUAUAUCUAAAUACCAAUUUGUUACCAAUUAAAACUGAUAAUUCAGUACCCUUUACUAUUCAGGAAUUAAUUAUUCCUUUUUUGAAAUACUGAUUCAAUCAAGAUAUUACUCUUAAAACAAUCAAAUCUCUUCAGAAAAUAUAUUUAUAAAAUUAAUUAAACUAAAAAUUCAAUCGGAGGCGGUUUUGUGAAUCACAUAUAAGUAGCGCGAUUAAUAAAAAAUGUCUUAUGUAAUUUGGAAAGCGUGGAUUCAAAAUUUGAUAAUUUGAUAAUUCAUAAUAUCGGUUAUUUUAUAU